AUGCUCGACCGAUCUUCCUCGCCCGCCCCUCAGCAGCUCACCCUGGUGGCUCCCAUGCCGAGGCGACCCAUCGCCCUGGUGGCUAGGAGGCACCACCACUCUUCUUCCAAGGCGAGGGCGCACCGCAUCAGCCGCAGUGGAUCCAUCGACGAAUCGGCCCAGCUCGCCCCUUCGCCCGCGUCGUCCGACAAGGCGCUCCCCUCGCUCUCCCAGUCCCGCUACCAUAGCACCGGGCACAGCAGCCACCCGUAUACCCGCAAGAGCACCUCGACCCCCUCGCACAACUCGUCCACCUCGUCGCCCACGAGCACCUCGCCCUAUCUGCAGGAUGGCCCGCUCUUCAAGUCGCCGCCAAAGGAGCGCUCCAGCCGAAGGCGAAGGAGCCUGCGCACCGCCAUCGAGUGCCUCGAAGAAGCCGCCGCUGCCGCCAUGAGCCACAGCCUGCGCGACGACGUCGACAAUGUCUGCGCGGACGAUGCGAGCAUGCUGAUGGACGAGACGCGAUCCCAGCAGGCCUCGCCCAAGGUGUCGGCGAACGCUCGCCCUUCGCACGACGUCGAGCGCACGCCGACCAAGGACCGCGAGCGCGAGCGCCGAUGCAUCGACCCGGCCUCCACUCCGACAGCCACCGCCGAGUUCUCUGAGCCGUGCGGCGACACCAAGGACGGUCUCACACUGUCCCCGCGAUCGCCAAACACCCAGAGGCUGCGCGCCGUCCACGCUCAGUUGUCGGCCUCAACCAACUCGAGCCUGUCCACCUCGGCGUCCCCCUCGCUGUCCCCCUCGCGAUCGCGCUCGCCUUCGACAUCGCCUUCCCCUUGCCCGUCGCCGUCUAGCCGGGCCCGAUCCGUGUCUCCUGGCCGCAGCGAAUGCUCGCCGAAUCCCAACCUGCUCUCGGCCUGGAGCUUCUACGAAGAAGACGGCUUCAGCGUCAUGUCCAACAGCCGAAGGCCCUCGGACGGAAGCGAAGGCAAGGAGGGCGAUGCCGAGGCUGGGGCUAAGGACGUCGGGCUGGCGUCGCACACGGGCUCGCACCUGCUUGAGCACCGCAAGCUUGGCCUGCCGCUGCCCAUCCCUACUUCUCCGAUCCCGCGGAGGCUGACGAGGAACCCCUUUGAGCGCUUCCUCUGCGUCGACACCGACCUUUCCGUUGCGGACCGCGCCGAGGGCGGCGACGACAGCCAAGGUCGCCGGGGUACGGGCAGGCGCAGUCUCGAUGCCGACCGCAACCUCUUCCUCUCGCUCACACGCGACCACGCGGCCGCACGGAGGAACUUCACCUCGCCCUGCCGCCUGACCAAGUCCGAGACGGCGCUGGGCCUGUUCCACGCCUUUGACGCCCACAACGGCGGCGACGACGGCGAUGUCCUGAUGCACGACGGUGGCAAGGCCAGCCCGUCGCCCGAGGCGGGCAGGCGCUAUCUUGACAGGCCCUCGGUCGUCAUGGACGAGGACUGA